AGGCAGGGCAGCCUGUUUGCAAUUGUGUUUGAAUGUGACUAGUAGAUGUUGGGAGCUUGGCUUGCAAGGCUUUAACUCAAGGGGCAGAGGUACAGAUAUAAUUACCCCACGCAUCUGUGUGAGCUUGUAAAGGCGUCAUCAUCCUACAUUUUAUCAGAACUCCAUUCAACCUUCUGUAGCUACCAGCAACAGCACUAUGUCAAGUUUUAGUAGGUACGGAGAUAUUACAAGUAUUGACACAACAGGAGCUUCCCUCGAAACUGCAAACCAGGACAGACUGGGGUACAGUGGCAUUGCAGCUUCUCAAGCGCUGAUGGCGACGGAUCUUGACAGGGCAAAUCGUUACAGGCCUUUGAUAUACCAAGUUGCCCAUGCCCAACAAAUCGAUCCAGCUCUCAUUGGUGCUAUAGCAUCCCGUGAAUCUCGAGUAGGCGCAGCCUUGGUAAAUGAUUGGGGUGACAAUGGGAAUGCAUUUGGUCUCAUGCAGGUUGACAGACGCUGGCAUUCGCCUCGUGGAUCUUACGACAGCAGAGAACAUCUUAUGCAAGCAACAGAGAUACUGGUAGGAAUGAUUGGAGCUAUUAAACAAAAGUUUCCAAACUGGACUAAAGAGCAGCAGCUUAAAGGUGCACUUGCUGCUUACAACAUGGGUCCAGAUAAUGUCAAUGGCUACCAUAAUGUGGAUGCUAAUACAACAGGCCGCGACUACUCGAAUGAUGUGAUUGCACGUGCCAAGUGGCUGAAGGCGAACGGCUUUUGAUCCACUAUUCUAAUAUCUGCGUAAUGUUUCCAAUAGUUAACCUUAAAUCGCUGCAAUUUGAGAAAUGUCAGUUCUGAUUUUUAUUUCACGCAUUUGGUUUUAUCACAUCGCUGCCAUGGAGACUUUUGACAAAAUGCUUGCAAGAGAAUAAAAGAUUAUAUGGA